GACUCUUUUAUUAUUAUAAUACUAUACAACAGCCCGGGAAUGUGCUGCCGCCUCUUCUCCUUCAGUCGGGUCGAAAUUGUUCCCGGAGUUUGCGGCAUAAAGGGAAGAAACAGUUUAUAUGAGAACGAGAAAUAAUAUAACUUCAAGCAGUCAGUCUACUUCUAGUCUUUGUGAAAAGUGUCGAACAAAUAUAGAAGGAGAAGUUGCUAACAGAAAAUAAUAUUAUCGAUCGGAAAAAAAAAUAAAAUCGCCAGUUUGUUACACAACGAAGCGAAUAGAACAGAUAGCGUACCGAGUAGUCGUCCAAGUCGUCGCACACAUAUCUAGUUAUUUGUAAUAGAUGUUUACGUGAAUAUGUAGCUUGCACGAGGUCUUUCUUCCCGAACUACAGUGCUUUUAUAACUCGGAACGAGAGCAACACUGUGUGAACAAAUUUAGUCCACUUAUUUUCGAUUCCAGUCAGUGUUGUGUUGGAUCUAGAUUAGAAGUCAAAGAAAGUUGAACGCUAUCGUAAAAUUACACAAUACGAGCUCCAUACACAGUGGUUUAUUCCACUCCCGGCAUGGCUUGGUUGUUAUAAUGUACUGAUGAACCUCUAGUGUGAAGAGAUCGCAGUGUGCCGCUGAAUACAACGGAAAACACUUUCCUCGCCGCCUACCUAGUGCUAGUGGACCAUGCGGUCGGGCCUGUUGACAUCGCAUCGCGCGCGUAGAUUGUUUAAAAGUGCUAUAAAAAGAGUCUUUCAUUCUCGGUUCUCGACGUUGUUGGUUGGCCUGCUGCGACGUUAACUAUACGCUAACCCACAAACUCAAAUGUUAAUGUUAUUUUUCCCUUGCUGGCUUGCGCUUAUUUAAUUAAACCAGCCAACGAAUAUUAAUUUCCAUUUGUUUGCUUUUUCGUUUCUUUGUACGUUGUUGGUUUGUAUGCGAGCUUAUAGACUAUUCAAAAGGCGCGUUUGCGAGUGUGCGUAUUUGCGCUGGAUUUUUAGUUUAAACAUUCAAUUUCAACCUCUCAGUGCAAUAUAAAUACUCAUUUGUUGUUCGGACUUAUUGAUACACACACGCUCUAUUGUCCUAAGUCGGUUCUGGAAGUUUUCUCUCGCAAUGAUGAAUUAUCCUGCUGCUUUUCUCGAGCAGCACCUCGUGACAAGCAAUCUAUCUCCCAUCGUGGAUAAUCAACCCAAGGAGGCGUUUACGUUCGUUGAUGUUUUAGAGAAAGAUGAAAAACUGUGCGAAUACUACCGCCGGAUGCCGGUGCUGUACGACAAAAGCCACCCGCACUACAAGUUCCAGUCCAAGAAGGAGAAGGCCUGGCGCGAGUUGAGCCGGCUGUGCGAGAUGAACGUGGACCAGUGCAAGAAGCGGAUGACCUACUUCCGCUGUCGGUUCACCGUCGAGCGGCGGAUAAUGAAGAACGGGGUCAACUGUAGCGAGUGGCCCCUGCUGGAUAAGCUCAAGUUCCUCAACAAGCACAUCAAGAUCCGAAGGCCCCGGGCGCCGAACGGGGACGUCGAUCCGGACACCGAUGACGAGUCCAACCCCUUGAUCGCACUCCGCAAGCGCCAGAUGGAGGAUGCCAAGGACGACCUUCAUGCGUACCUCGACCUGCAGCAGAUGGCCGCAGCGCAGAAUCCUCAGGCACAGCUACACUACCAGGCCCAGCAAGCCAAACUCCAGCAGCAAUACCCUCACGCACAGCACCCAGGUUACCAUCCGGGCCAGGAGAUGGCCAUGCAUCACCUCCAGUCGCAACAUGGACCAGGUGGUCCGGCGGGCCAUCCCGGAGCCAAUCCGCAUGGGCACCGUGGCGACGGUCAUCACCCGGGUCCAAUGGGUCCAAACCCGAUGGCUGCCCAGGCCUUGCGGGCCAGUCUGUCCCAGCCUACACCGGCCGAAUCUCCCAUACCGGCUUCCAACGUGGAAGUGUCCUACAACGUACCGAAACGCCAGCGACUCAACUUCGACAUGGACGAAGCCGGGUCGAUCUCGAACUUCAACCUGAACCGGACCGUCAAGUACCAGAACAAUCUGGACCAUUCGGUCAAUUUGGACGAACAUGGCGCCUUCGGGCUGUACGUUGGUGAAAUCCUGCGGAAACUUCCGGAACGGCUGGGAUCCGUCACAUCGUUAAAGAUCAUGCAACUGCUGCAUGAAGCACAAAUUCAGUCGUUCGAUUUGGCAACAUCUGCCAAUGCCAACGCCAACACCAACAGCAACAACAACGGAACCAGUAACCAGAGGAAGACCAGUUCGGCGAAUAGCUCGGCCAGAAGCGACGAACGGAAGUCAACGGAAAGCAACGAAAGUGCAAGCAAGGAAUAGAGAAAUCCGCGCCAUCAGUAGAAUGCCAUUCGAUUCUUCGGGGAGAGCCCACGUGGUAUUAAGUCGUUUUGUAUGAGGUUUUGGUAUCAAUUGUCUCAAGUGGUUAUUUUACCUUAGGCCUGGUGACCUAAUGAUCAUAUGUUUCGAAACAUUAAUGCUGAGUCCCUCAUCGAACAACUUUACACCAUUUGGAGUAAUCCCCGAUUCUUCUUAGCCUGAGACAAACACGUGUAUUUAUUUUAUAAAAAAAAAGUAAUAGCAGUAAAUAAUCGUUCGUAGGAUUAACGAUUCAGAACAAAUCGAUUGCAUUUUUCAGAUGAGACGGAAAACGAACACUUUUCUGUUAGAACCCCAUUUCAUUUCAGACUAGCCAGAUUACCCAUUCGAAAUUCAUCUUACCUAAACAUUGAGAGUAUUUUUGAGAGAAUGGGAAAAGUCGUUCAUGUGUGUUCACGCCGAAACGGUUGAUCCGUCACCACAAUGACCAUCUUCUUCAUUAUUCCUCACUUUUGCCGUAGUUCAAUAGGUUAUUUUAGAGAUUCAUUUUUUAUUUUGGUAGGAAUAAGCAUCGAAGAAAAAUCAUUGCUAUUUAGUGAAUAUCUUGAAACCAUGAUUUAACAUAUUCGACAGAAACUAUAUACAAAGAAAUAUUAUAAAGUAAUCCCAAUAAAUGUGAAUUAUGUUAAUGAACAAA